AUGGUCCACAGCAUCAGCAUGUGCAGAGUGCUCCUGCUGAUGCUCCUCGGCCUCCUGGUCGCCUUCGUUCACACAGAUACAGUCGCAGACCCGGCCUCAACGACCAGGGACAACCAGGACACCAUGUCCGGGGAGCCCCCCAGCGACGUCACCACCAGAGACCCCUUCCAGGACAUGACAGAGCAGUCCUUCACCAGCGACUACGAGGACGCCACCCACUCCCAGGCCGUGGACGAGGAGGAAGGGGUGUUGGGGCCGGGCGCCAUCACAGCCAUCGUCAUUGCAGUCUUCCUGGGAGCAUCUGUCCUCCUCGCCCUCAUCGUCAUCACACUGAGGAAGUUCACCGCAUCUUAG